CGAAAAUAAACGAGGUCUUCGGGACUAGAUGUUGUACUUUUCAGUACGGUAACUUUCUCCUCCCCUGAGGGUCACUUCAUGUCCUCUGCAGCCAGUAACCCGGCGCACUUUCAUCUGUCCACGACAGGUACACAGGGGUAACUAAAGGCCUAUUUACGUAGUAAGAAUGAGAAAAAAUUACCUGACCGUUUUCAAUUUUGAAGAACUUGAAAGUCAUUAAAAGACACUUCAGAAGUCGGGAAAGCUAAUUUCUCGCCAUUUAGGAAUCAAACUUUUUCCUGGGGAGAACCCCCGUGCCCCUUUCUCUUUGGGGUUUAUCGAUUCAUGGAAAAAGGAAUACGUAUGCAACUACUCAAUUUGGUUUAUGUGUAACACACAUAACAGGCCUAUUUACUGAAAUAAGAAUGAGGAAGCUUACCUGACCGGGCCGGGAGAAAAUCCUGACUUUUGAAGAACUUAAAAUUCAUUAAAAGACACCCACCUUCUGGAAUCAAAAUUUUCGCGGAGAUGAUCCCCGAGAGGACCCCCACGCGCCCUCCCUUUUUUUAACCCCACCCCACUCUUUUUUAAACCAACCCCCCUAAUUUUGAACCGAGAUCCUCCUGAUUCAUCCCUUUCAUCUUACUAGUGGGUCACCCCCUCUCCACCCACUUUCAAAAGCGCCGGCCCUGAAAUAUAGUAAAUCAUAGCACAUUGAAAAAAGAGAUAAUGAUUGAUGACCCCCCCCCCCCACGAAAGGCAAUUAGUGGUCAGUUGAUGAUUGGUGCCCCACUUCUUCAUUUCAUCAUCAUCGUAUCACCAUUAUAGUUAAUCUAAAGCUCCAACAAUUUCUAAUGAUAAUUUAUCAGAAACGUUUAAUAAUACUUGUUUCAUGGCAUCGUAAUAUCUUAUUUACAAAAUUGUACAAGAGUCGUAAUGCUUUUAAUUUAACGGUACAGGACUGCUGCACAGAACGCUUGUCCUUUAAAUCUGAGGCAUUUAUACAGUUCAUUUCAACAAUUUUCAAGAAUCUGAAAUUACAUUACGGUAGUCGAAAAGUGGGGAUACAAACCCCCUUAAAAGUGGGUGGAGAUAACUGUCCUCCAAUUAUCUGCGACCAUGGUACACUAAGAAUCGAGCAUAAGUACAGAUGUUGCUGAAUAGGCAUCAUACUUUACGUGCUUGGUUCUGGUAUACAGUGAAUUAAGUGAAAAGUUCAACCUUGAGUUUUUGCAAAUUCAAUGAUAUUAACGCUUUUCUGUACUUGCUUCUUCGUAAAUACCAACAAAACUAGUCGCACGACGUUAACCUUAACUUUAACGUUAGUAUCCAACAUGCAGCGCGAUCGCUCCGCCCCUUUUGUAAACAAAUCGAAACACGCAUGCGCAAACCCGUAACAACCUACGUCGAGCGCGUAAAAUCCUGAAAUUAACGUACUCGGCAACGCAAGAUGAAUAAAUGAUGACGUAAUCCGUUAACGUUAACGUCGUGCUUCGAAAAAUGCUUAUUUUGUCACGUAUAUCGCGUAGUACAAAACUUGUAUUGUUGGUAAUAUCAUGAAGAUAAUAAGUAUUUUGUUUGGGGAGGGAGGCUUGCUCACGCCCCUCUUCCCCUAGAUAAGUACUGGUAGAAAGGUUGUAUUUUAAAUUUUAUUCCUAUCCUAUUGGGUUUUUUUACACUGUUGGAUAGAAAUAAAAAGAUUGUUCAGACGCCAGCGAGACGUUAAGCUACGUCAGGAAUUGUUGUAGGAGAUCGCCUACGUUAGGAAGACAUUAUGUUACACAUAAUACACCACAAGCAUUUUGGUACUGUUCAUUGUGACGUGGUUACAAUCAAUGAGUUAAUAAAGCAGCUUUACCCAAGGUCUUGAUAGUAUCCAGAAAUUCGGAAGUGUGGUAAAGAACAUCCUGUAUUAUUGUCAUAAAGUGUGGAAUCAACAUUUAAGUAUAAUAGUAGACUUUUGAACUACGCGCAUAAUAUGCCUACCAGCAAAUUUGAAGUUAACUGACAUUAUGAUUAUCAUUAUAACAAAGUGUGGAAUCAACAUUUAAUUAUAAUAGUAGAACUUCGAAGUUAACUGACAAUAUGAUUUGAAGAUAUUGAUAACAUGAUUGGAUUUAAUUCCUUAUACAAAUGCCGGUCUACCUUGAACAGAACACGUAUGUGUUCGAAGUAACCCAGAAAGUAGAAUAACAGAAUCAAAAACAUUAUGGAGAUCAACGAGAGCAUUAAAAGAAAUGUUACAAUAGUUCCAGCUCCAGUGCUUGACGUUCCAUCAGUAAUCUACAUUAUCCUUGGCGUCUUGGCAGCUUCAGAAAAUACUGUCGUCUUAUAUCUUGUGAUGGCAUCGAAGAAAUUACGCAUAAAGAGAAAUGUAUUCUUAUUCAGCUUAUCUCUGGCCGAUUUCGCAGUUGGUAUUCUCUCAUUUCUAAUCUUCUUCAACAUUUUUUACGAGUCGAUUGUCUUCGUUGCAGUAUUAGAUGCAAUGUUUCUUGUGUCAAUGUUCAGCAUAAGUGCCGUGGCAAUCGAACGUUACAUUGUGAUAGUUGCCGCACCGUUUACCUACAAACAAGUGAUAACUUUCAAGCGGUGCAUUAUCGUCUGUGUGCUUUUCUGGAUUCUAACGAUAUCUCUUUUCAUAGCUGUGUACGCGUACGUAUAUAAUAAAUAUACACGACUUGUUUUCUGUAUUUUCUCGUUAAUCACAAUUAUUGCAAGUUAUAUUUUGUACUUCAGGAUUUCAGUGUCGCUCAGAAAAAACGACCAAAACGUCACGAAACAUCUUGGACAAAAUGCAGUUGGGAGAUCGCAGAAACUGAUUCGAUCAUUCGGAAUUCUGCUUGUAGUUGCUACCAUUUGUUGGCUUCCACUUUGUUGUUUCUUUAUAAUAGCUGUAUUUGAUGAAAGUGUUGACGAGAAUGUAUUUGUAUUGAACGUACUUUAUUGCUUGUCUGUGAGUAAUUCGCUCAUCAAUCCAUUCAUAUAUUGGUAUCGUCUACCAGAAAUUAAAGAAGGAAUUUAUGAUCUUGCGUGUUGCUGGAGGCCUGGCGUUCGGGAAAAGGAUCGUGCGCAGAACACUACAUCAAUGACAGUUUCAACAGUUUAAAAUGUAGGCCUGACAUAGCUCUUACACGGGAAGUACAGGGUUCUCUUAAAGAGAAAUUUAUAAACUUUAUAUAAUUUGAGAACUGAUUUGCAUACUCAGUAAUAGUAUCCAUAACAUAAUAUCCUAUUUUUGAAAUUACGAAUUUCGUGCGCGUUCGUUACGUUGACGCUCUCAACCACAUUUCUGAUGACGCAGCGUGUACAUCGCUCCAUUGGAGUUUUGUGACAGGCCACUGUAAUGCAUACGAUUAGUGUCUUCUUCAUCUAGGUCUACAAUACUUCUUUGCCUACCUGGACCGACAGCAUUAUUUUUUUCCUCAUACAGUUACGGCAGAAAUUAUAGAGGGCACUAUUUAAGUAGCUAUCCGUAAAAACCUAACAUUGAUCCUUCAGAACCGCAUAAUUGUCGACCCAUCCUUGUUUCUAAUACACUGUCCAAUGUUUUUGAAUUAGGUUUUCUUGAUUCAUGUAUUGAUACCAAAUUUGACCCUCUCCAAUGUGGGUGUAUCAGCGAUAGUGGCACCGCCAUGGCAGCCGCUACUGUCAGCAAUGUAAUAACGUAUUGUAACAAUCAAGGGUCUUCUGUUUAUGCUUGUUCUCUUGAUGCGAAGGAGCUUUUAAUGCUAUCCCCCAUGAAAUCUUAUUCAUCAAAUUAAGUUCUGUUAUUGAAGAUGAAUGGUGGAAAUGUAUCCACUCGUGGUAUACAAAUUUAACUGUCAAAAUAAGAUGGAAUAAUAAUACUGGUAGACAAAUUCAUAUUCAAAAGGGCACAAGACAAUGUGGAUUAUCCUCGCCAUUUAUUUUUAAUAUUAUAUAUAGAGAUCUUGUUUCAGGUCUAAGUGCUCUCGAAUGUGGCAUUGCUAUUGCCAAAUCAACCUAUAAUGUGUUCUGUUAUGCUGAUGACCUCCUACUUACAAGUAAUACAGUGACAGAUCUUCAGAAACUUAUCGAACAUGCCAGUGCCUAUAUUGUUGCCCAUGGGCUUAGGUUCAACCCAUUAAAAACUAAAUUUUCAAUUUUUGGUAAAAACACUCUAACACCUGAACCUUUAUGGUAUCUUAAUGACUGCCUUCUUAAUAAUACGAACGAAAUUGAAUAUCUGGGUGUAAUUAUAUCUGCAAAAAGUACUGGCAUAUCGCAUGUUGAAAAAAAGAAUUAAAAAAUUUCAAAGAUAAUUUUUCUCCCUUCAGGGCAGGGCAUUUGCAAGGACGGUACAGCUACAGAAGUUAAAACUUACAUUUGGAAAACUGUUCUUAUACCUAUCUUAGUAUAUGGCUCUCAAUGUAUUAAUAUUAAUUCUGGUUAUAUUCAGAAACUUGAAAAAAUUCAAAGUAAACUUAUCAAGACUUCAUUGGGCAUACCCAAAUACUCCAGAUCGUCUCCGGUGCUUUCGGCUCUUCGUUUGCCAAAGAUCUGUGACAUUAAUUAUCUUCUUGACUUAAUUUCACAGAUUUUUAGAAGCGACUCUAAAUCUCGAAAGUUUUAUUCUCACUUACUAAAUUGUGAGGCCGCCCAAAGUGUAUCAGUUCGCAAUAAACUGGUUGAUAGAAUAAAUAAAAUCACUCUUUUCAAUAAUAUGAUGUUAUUUAAAAU